CUCAAUUCAACAAGUUAAUGUGUGCAAUUUUUAAUUAACUCACUUGUAAAUCUUGAUUAAAGCCGGUGAAUUGUGAAUGACAUUCAAUUUUCACAAUCAUUAUCAUUUAGUCAAGCUACAACGAUAAAUGAAAAUGAAAUGGAUUAGUAAAAUUGCUUAUGGAACAGGUCAAAUGCUUAAAGAUCUUGUUGCAGGAGUUAUUAGUAUAUUCUACAUCAUAUUCUAUGAAAAUUGUAUCAGUUUGAGUAGUUCACAAGUUGGAGCAUUAUUAUUAUGUGGUCAGAUUGCUAAUGGAUUAGCCACACCAUUGAUUGGUUAUUUAUCAGAUCGUCCACUUAGUCCAACUAAAAAAUCGACAGCUGAUCACCAGUCGAUAACAUGUGAAGAUGAAAGUGUAAAGAAGGAUAAGAGGUUGUUGAAUCGAAUGAAACGGCAGUUGAGACUUGGACAGAGAAAGUCAUGGCAUUUAGGUGGAUGUUUAUUGAUGCUUAUAGCAUUUCCAUUGAUGUUUGGACAACCAGAAUAUUUAGUUGAACUUCCAGUUUGGGCGAAGUUAUUGAUCAAUAGUAUGUUUAUGAUUUGUGUUCAGGUUGGUUGGGCAGCUGUACAAAUUCCUCACUUAUCAAUUAUCAAUGAUUUGACAGAUCAACAUGAUGAACGAGUAUUACUUGCAUCGUUACGAUAUUUCUUCUGUGGUAUAGGUGAUAUGGCUACAUUGCUUGUGACGUAUCUGUUUUUUGAAUCAGAAAAAUCCGGUUUGUUACUUUUGAAAUCAGUAAAUGAAACUGACAACCAUGUGAACAACAGUCAACUAUUCACAAAAUCAUUACUAACAACUGGCACUAUAGUUGAAAGUAAACUAGUAACAUUGUUCAAUGAAUCGAUAAAUAAUCAGUCGACUAAUGUUGGAAAACAGUCAGUUGUACAUUCAGAAUAUAAUAUAACAAUUCAAGAUUUGCCCAUAUUUCGAAAUGUUGCAUUGAUUGUCGUUGGGAUUGGAGUAUUAUUCACAAUAAUCUUCCAUUGUGGUGUUCGUGAAGAUAAACCGAAAGCACACCAAUUUUUCACAAUACAAUCCUAUGAAAAUGCACCAGAUGAAUUCUUAGAAGUGAAUGGAACAAACAACAAUAACAGAUUUAUUAAUGGUAAUUCUGUGGUGGUUUCACAACUCAAAUCCAAACGAAAACGGACCUACAGCCUUUCAUCUACACUGCCUUGGUAUGCUUGGUUUACACUACCAAGAUUUUGGUUGAGCUGUUCUACAUUUAGUAUAAUGCGUCUGAGUGUAACUGUUUCUGUGAUGUAUAUGAGUCCAUUUUUGUUGAAUUCAUUAAAAAUGAAUAAAAGUUCAAUGGUUUCUGUUCCAUUGGUUACUACAAUUUCUUGUUUGAUUGCAUCAGUUGGUGUACAAAGAAUCAAUAAAUUACUCGGGAAUUAUGUAAGUGGAAGUAAUUGACGAUUUCAACAAUAUUGAAAUCAAGUUAAAAGUUUAUUACUGAAAGAUAUUUCACUUUUUAUUGAGCGCUGAUUCAUAACAGUUUGGUUGACUAAGUUUUAAACCUCAUUCAUGAUUUAUUUGCUAUUUGAAUACAGCUUGAUCUGUCUAUCUACAAUCGGUAAUGAAUAAGCAACAGCUUGUUUCUACUAUAAAACGUUGAAAGUUCUAUUUAAACAAUUUCAUCUGAGUCUUAAAAGACAUAGGCAGAAAUGAACAGUAAUUGUAAGACCUUAUGCGGCUUCGAUAGAGAAGGAACAAUUCAAGUCCAUAAUUAUAAUGACAUCACGCUUGAAUUUUAUGGUGUUGACGAGAUCUGAUAUGAGGCCUCACAUAAUUUUAAACAGAACACAUUGAUAAACAAUUUAGAUAGCCUCCGAGUACAUUGUCAAUAGGAUCAUGCGAAGUCAGAGAGUGUUCACUAUACAGAUAACGAGUUCUAAUUCACGACUAUGAGAAAGCUAACUCAUAAACACAUUGGUGCUCAGCUUGCAUUCUUUGACGUUUCAGAAGGUCGGAGACAGUCGACAGAAAGCAAUAGGAUGGCGUGUGAUGUCUUUACGAAAUCGAUAACUUCUGUAGGCUUCAAACUUGUAACAAACACAAUCAAAGCUACAAACAUUAACACUGAGACAUUAGUAUUGAGACUGAACACUCAAACAUUACACAUUAUCGCAUUCAAGUAUUCUGAGUAGGAUUUUAAAUCUAGACCGUUAAUUCAUAAUACUCUAAAUGCUCAAUUUCUCAUCUUGCCAAUGAUUGGCUUGACUUGAUGCAAUAUGUCCUAGGAAUGGUUUUACUGUUCAUACAAGAAUUCCGAUAAGCGUUUUGAAGUACUCAGCACGUUCGUCUAUCUUAUAACAUGAUUACAUGAAAUAUUCAUAAAACUUAUAUCUGAGUGUGCACAUGUUCCGCUAAAAAUCGUUCAUGCUUUUUUAAUUUUAGAUUGGUUCAAUCGUCGGUGUUCUAUUUACCCUUGGAUUUUGUACAAUCGCUUACUUUUUAAAAUCAGCCGAUGAAAACCUCUUAGCAAUCUAUUUUUCUGCAGCCAUUCUAGGCAUUGGUAACACAAUCAAUAGUGUUAGGGCAUUGGUUGUGAUUACAACAUUGAUCGGUGUAAAACAAGUACACACAGCAGCAUUUGUUCAUGGGAUCGCAUCAUUUUUUGACAAAAUCUUGACUGGUGUCUUCAUUCAAUGCAUACAACUCUGUGUACCUCAGUUAACUUAUAGACAUAUACAGGUGUACAUUGUAGGUAGUUUGGCAGUAUUCGGUGGUAUUCUUGCGACAAUUGAUAAUUUCAUUUACUCAGAGACUUUAGAAAGUACAAAUGCACCUUGUCUUUCAUGUAUUUGUAGAAGAACAACUUCAUCAUCGUCUCCACCACCAUCGAAAUUUCAGGGUGACCAAACCUUUAAUCAUGUUAGUAAUGAUAACCGAACUAAUGGUAACUGUAGAUGCUAAUCAACAUAUUUAUGUAUCAUUAUUGAAAGUCAAAAAUCUUUCCGCCUACAACAAAACAUCUUCAUUUUCCAUCACUCCACCACUUUUCAACCUAUCAGUUUAUUGAUGUAUAUUCACCUACCCUUCCUUGCCAAGAAACUUUAUCUAUUAUGAUACUUAUAACAUGAAAACCAUAUUUUUCUUAAGCAAUCUACUAUCGAAUACUUCAUUGAACCUUUCCAUUGAAUACAUCAGGCUGCAUUAAUUAGACCCUUGAUGUAAAGUAAGAAAAUGGAGUAUUCACAAUCUUUGUUAUACUAAAGGAAUAUUGUAUUUAUUAUCCAUAGUUAUUCAUGAUUGAUUCUUCGACAGAAGUUUUCUCUGUAAACAAACAGAAGUUAGAGUGUAGGUAACAUUAUUUUUUUUAAUAAAACAAGUAGAAAUAAAUUGUCUCAUCCACCAAGUAUUCUAACUUUAUUCAUUGACUUUAAAAUUGGUUUACAUUAGUAACUGAUGAAUAAAUGAAACUAAGAGAUUGACAGUUAUUUAUUUGCGUUCUGAACUCCUCAUCAGGAUAACCUAUGAAUAGUUUGUGAUUUAAUUUAGACAAAUUCAAAGGCGAGAUAAGUAUAAUUGUACUGUAAAUUCUGGUUGGAUAUUUCAUAUAAUUUGACAGUAGUUUGAGUGAAGGGUUGGUACGCACUUAAGACGAUUGGAAGAAUCAGAGGAGUACUGGACAACCAUAUCAUCCUAUUUAGGGGCUUUAUAGCAAUAUACAUCCACGACUACAAAACAGAUAUUUUACAGUGAGUAUGGCACUCGCAAAUUAUUAUUUAUUUAUUCAAACACAUAAAUAUUGGUACAAAC